AUGGACAACUCCCCCAUUGGGAUCAACCUUGUACGUCACCUAUAUGUAGACGACACUUCCAGUUCUCGAUAUCGAACAGGCAUGCUCAUCUCUCGCAUAAGUACCUCCAGAAAUCUUGUCUUCAACCUCGCAACUUCUUCACGGAAUUUUGCAUUCCAAGCCUCGAGAUCUUUCUCCCAGACAAGACGCAUCAUGGCACCUGUUCCCAUCGUCCUAUGCGGUCUGCAUGCGACUAUCGCAACUACGGUUCGCAAGGGAUUGCUACCUGAAUUUGAUGUCAUCCACAUCGUUCUCUCCGUCGAAUCCGGCGUCUCAGACAUCCCCCUCUUGCUCAAUUCCCAGCCCCCACCCAACGCCUCCUCCAACCACGGCUCGCAAAACUACACCAAGCCUCCCCUCGCAGUUGCGCUUGGCGGCGGCUUUGACGACGAAUUGUUCGACAAGAUCAAGGGCGCCUGUGAUGGUGCGCCGCAUAUCGCGUGGCUGAGAACGGAUAAGAGUAAGAUGCCUGGCCCGCCACAGCCGGAUCAUUUGGAGGAGUAUGGGGACAUUGUGGCUGAGAGGCUGAAGAAGAGAUUGAGUGAAUUGAAGAUUGGAGAGGAGGGUGCAGUGGCCGAGGGUGUGUUUUGGUUUUGA